CGGGGCCCGUGGAGGCGGCGGGAGCCGGCAGCGCCCGGGGAAGCCGGACCGGGAGCCGCGGGGGCAUCCGGGUGCUGAAGAGGAACAUGAAGCGCAAUGGGAGCAGAAACUGCUUGAACAGGAGGAGUCGGUUUGGUUCCUGUGAGAGAGACUGGCUGAAAGAGGAUGUUGGGCGAGGCUGUGUAUACAUUUAUGGAGCAGACUCUGCAACUGCGACCUCUUCUGACCUGCACUUGGUCCUUUGUACAGUGGAUACCCUGGCAUCUGAGAUCUGUGAUGGAGAGGGUAGGGAGAACCUCUAUUUGCAGCUCCAUGGAGACCUGGUCAGGAGGCUGGAGCCCACAGAGAAACCCCUUCAAAUUGUGUACGAGUACUUGGCUGGGCUCGGCUUUGAGGAUCUUGUGAGAAUACAGGAAGAGGCAGCAAACUCUGAUCUCAGCUGCAUGAUUCGCUUUUACAAUGAAAAGCCAUGUCAAGUGGAGCAACUAGACCGAAUCCUUCUGUCUGGGGUCUAUAAUGUGCGCAAAGGGAAGACGCAGUUGCACAAGUGGGCAGAACGCUUGGUCAUUCUCUGUGGCACCUGCCUCAUCGUAUCCUCCGUGAAGGAUUGCCAUACAGGAAAGAUGCACAUUCUGCCUCUUGUUGGAGGGAAGGUGGAAGAAGUGAAGCGUCGGCAGCACUCGCUUGCUUUCAGCUCUGCUGGUGCACAAGCUCAAACCUACCAUGUUUGCUUUGAAACGCUGGCAGAGUACCAGAGAUGGCACCGGCAGGCAUCCACGGUGGUGUCUCAGCGACUCAGCACAGUUGAUCUGUCUUGUUAUAGCCUUGAGGAGGUACCUGAGCAUCUCUUCUACAGUCAAGACAUCACCUACCUCAACCUGCGACACAACUUUAUGCGACUGGAUGGAUCAGGGGGUCUUGACUCUCUUUGCAGGUUCUCUCAGCUGAAGGGCCUGAACCUGUCCCAUAAUAGGCUGGGGGAGCUUCCUAUAUUACUGUGUGAGAUCUCCAAUCUGACUGAACUCAACAUUUCCUGUAAUGGGCUUCAUCACCUGCCAAACCAGAUUGGCAGCCUGUUCAAUCUCCAGACCUUAUGUCUUGAUGGGAAUUUCCUCACAUCUUUGCCAGAAGAGCUGGGACACCUGCAACAGCUCUGCUCCCUCGGGCUUUCCUUCAACAACUUCAGUGAGGUGCCAGUGGUCUGUGAGAAACUCACUGCCUUGGACAAACUGGCCAUGGCAGGGAACCAGCUGGAAACCCUGAACCUUGGGGUGCUGAACAGGAUGAGCCACAUCAGAUAUGUGGAUUUUAGGCUGAACCACCUGAGGAGAUUAUCUGUUGACAGCCUGGAGGGGAACAAAUCUGUGACCCACAUGGAUUUGCGAGACAAUCAGCUGACUGACCUGGAUCUGAGCUUUCUUGGCAGUCUAGAGCAGCUGCACUGUGAGCGGAAUCAGCUGAGGGAACUGACUCUGAGUGGCUUCUCCCUUCGGGCCCUCUAUGCCAACACCAACUGUCUGAUGACUGUAAAUGUUUAUCCAGUCCCUACUCUGCUGACCUGCCUAGAAAUCUCCUGUAACCAGCUGCUGUGUAUUCCUGACUGGGCCUGCGAAGCAAAGAAACUUGAGGUUUUGGAUAUGAGCUACAAUCUCCUCACAGAGCUUCCAUCAAGGACCCUGAGUAGUUUGAGUCUUCGGAAGUUGAUGGUGGGGCACAACCACGUGCAGAGCCUUCCACCUCUGCUGGAACACAUUCCCCUGGAGGUGCUGGACCUCCAGCAUAACCUGAUCACUAAACUCCCGGAGAUGAUGUUCUUCAAGGCUCUGAAUCUCAGGUACCUGAAUGUAUCUGCCAACAGCCUGGAGUCCUUGCCUGGGGAAGAGAGUCUCAGCACGCUGCAGCUACUUUACUUGACCAAUAAUAACCUCACAGAUCAGUGCAUCCCUGACUUGGUGGGACACCCAAACUUACGGGUCCUGCACCUGGCAAACAACCAACUGCAAACCUUCCCUGCAAGCAAACUGAGCAAACUGGAGCAACUGGAAGAGCUGAACCUGAGUGGCAACAAGCUGAAGACGAUUCCUACAACGAUCGCAAACUGCAAGCAGCUGCACACACUUAUUGCACACUCAAAUGAGAUCAGUAUCUUCCCAGAGAUCCUGCACCUACCUCGUAUUCAGUUUGUAGACUUGAGCUGUAAUGAACUAACAGAAAUCGUGAUCCCUGAGGUGCUACCAGCUACCUUGCAGGAGCUGGACCUGACUGGAAACACGAACCUGGUGCUAGAACACAAGACCCUGGACAUCUUCAGUCACAUUGCCACCCUGAAGAUUGAUGCCAAGCCCUCCCUCACGGCAGACUCAGUACUCUCCUCUACGCUCUGGAAUCAUGGGUUAGCCGAGAUGGCUGGCCAGAGGAAUAAGCUCUGUGUGUCGGCCCUGGCUCUGGGGAGCUUUGCAGACAGUGUGGAAGCUGUGUACGGCAUGUUCGACGGUGACAAGAAUGAGGAGCUGCCCCGUCUCCUGCAGUGCACUAUGGCAGAUGUGCUACUGGAGGAGGUGCAGCAGUCGAACAUAGACUCUGUGUUCAUGUCUAACACCUUCCUGGUCUCCCACAGGAAGCUGGGGAUGGCUGGCCAGAAGCUGGGCUCCUCUGCUGUCCUCUGCUAUAUUCGACAUGAUGGUACUGAUCUGGCUGGCAGCUUCACUCUGACAUUGGCCAAUGUGGGCACAUGCCAAGCCAUUCUGUGCCGCAGUGGAAAACCCCUGCCCCUUUCCAAAGUCUUCAGCCUGGAACAAUAUCCUGAGGAGGCCAGGAGAGUCAAGGAGCAAAAAGCCAUCAUAACUGAGGACAAUAAGGUUAAUGGUGUAACCUGCUGUACUCGGAUGCUAGGCUGCACGUACUUGCAUCCUUGGAUCCUGCCCAAGCCUCACGUCUACUCCAUUCCUCUGACUGUGCAGGAUGAGAUGCUCCUACUGGGGAACAAAGCCCUCUGGGAACACCUCUCUUAUACAGAGGCUGUCAUGGCUGUACGCCACCUGCAUGACCCACUGGCUGCUGCAAAGAAGAUCUGCACUUUAGCCCAAAGCUAUGGCUGCCAAGACAAUGUGGGAGCAAUGGUGGUGUGUUUGAACAUUGGUGAGGACAGCUGCACAUGUGAGAUGCACAGCCUCACCUUGCCAGGCCCUGCGGGGGUUAUUUCCACUGCCAAACCAGCAACACCUUCUUCAAGUAGUGGAAUUGCCUCAGAGUUCAGCAGUGAGCUGUCAGCCUCAGAAGUUAGCAGUGAGGUGGGAUCCACUGCAUCCGAUGAACACAGUGGAGCUGGUCUGGAUGCAGGGUUGGUGCCUCGACCCGAGCGACGCUGCAGCCUCCAUCCUGUGCCCCCCUCCAGCAUCUUUCAGCGCCAACCUUCCUGUGCCACAUUCUCUAGUAAUCAGUCUGACAAUGGGCUGGACAGUGAUGAUGAGCAGCCAGUGGAGGGUGUGAUGACGAAUGGCAGCAAAGUGGAGGUGGAAGUGGACAUCCACUGCUGUAAAGGAAAAAGUCUGGAGCCUGUGCCUCCUGGUGCUGAGGAGGGAUCUUCUGCUGCAGGCUCAGAGGAUGACUGUGGGGGGCUUGUCUUCAGGAUUCGGAGACAGAACAGCAUGAACAGCAACAUCCUCCUGGCAGGAACCAAGGAGAGGUGCGAGUUGCAGAAGUCUCCUUCCGCAUGCUGUCUCUAUGGGAAGAAGCUUUCCAAUGGCUCCAUAGUGCCUCUGGAGGAGAGCCUCAACCUUAUUGAGGUAGCCACAGAGGUGCCGAAGAAGAAAACAGGUUAUUUUGCUGCUCCUACCCAGCUGGAGCCAGAGGAUCGAUUUGUUGUGCCCCCUGACCUGGAAGAGGAAGUGAAGGAACAAAUUAAGCAGCACCAUGAGAGUGGUGCAGAGCAGGAGCCCAAUGAGAAGGCUGCAAUGGCUCCUCCAGAUGAGUUUGACACAGCUUUGUAACCCCACUGGGCUGCUCCAUAGUGUAGGGGAGUUGGCAUCUGCACGGGAAGGAACAGACAUCAGCUCCCUCCUUACUGGAGUGCAGGACAAGCCUGGAGCUGUAAACUCAGGACUGCCAGCUUCUUGAGGCGGCAUCCCUGCUGUUCUGUGGGCCCAGGGUACUCAGGCCAGCAGCCAAGCUCCAUGCCGGGGAUUGUCUGGCAUUUGAGAAGGCAGACUUCCCUAUGUGUGGUCCCACCACCUGCCAUUAACCCUUGCCCUCCUGAGAAAUUGCCAGGCAGUGGGCUGGUUUCUGUGUGGGAGCUGAGGAGGCAGUUGUGGUUAUGCACAGCAUCCAGAGUUCUGUGAAGUAUUUGAUUCGGCCAUCAUGAUGGGACUGGUCACUUGGCUUUACUGUUCCGAGAAUACAGCCUGUCACAAUGACGCUUACUAGCGCCACAGAACCAGUCAGAGAAUUGAUUCUUAUAUGCAUCGCAAGCACUUUCAUUGACUGCACUUGAGCCAUUUUGCUCCCCAUCUGCCCAGCACUUUACUAUUUAGGGAGAGGGGGCUUCAGUAACCUCACAACGGGUAUUAUGGGGGGAUUCCUCCACAUGGGAAUUGGUGCCCUCCUGAUAGGUACAUCCAGGGACACUGGGGGAGCUGAGGUAGUUUUGUCACUACUUGUUAUGAGGUUAUCCAGGGGCUUCCUUCCAACCUGAAGGAUACAACUGGGGCAUGCGGGUUGGGAGCCCCAAUGACAGAUAUGACCAUGGGGCAUGGAGGAGUCCCAGGAGGGGUUUGGCUAUCUCCAUAACAAAUAUGAACAUGGGUAGGGGUGGGGCUAGUGUGUACAACUGUAGGGGAUAGGGGGUUGGCCACCCCCCUGGUGUGCACUUCAAGGCAGAGCCUUCCAUAUCCGCGAGACAUGGGAUGAAGCCAGAAUCCCCUGCAAAGCACAGAGUCUGUGCUCUGUGUGGUGCCCUUAGCUGGCAGAAGCUAAGAAGUGUGAGUGGGGAGACUAGGGUUACCAUACUUAACAAAUAAAAAAAGAAGACCCUCCAUGGGGUCCUGGCCCCGCCCA